GCCAUCGAGCUCCAAAGGCCUCGGUCUGCUCACCAUGCUGCUGGAUCCCAGGAAGAGCGUGAAGCUCCCGGCAGACCAGCUUUUGGGCUGCGGCCUCGUUUUCGCGACAUUUGAGGUGCCAAAUCUGCUCACUGCCACAUUGGCGGAAGUUGCCACCUGCAUCCACGAGGCUAUGCAGUACAAAGAAGGCUCCCGCGACACCCAGAACAAGAAGUGGCGGCUGAUUUUGGGCUCCGCUCAGCAGAAGUUGCACCGCCGCGCUUCCGGGAACUGGCGGGUAAGAAGCAAGAACUCGUAA